AUGAGCUAUCUGCUCGGUUACCUCUGCUCGGUUAUCCCUAAAUUCACCGUUAUGCUUAACUCGGUUCAUGCAUCCAGCUGGUCGUGCCCGGUUUUACCGAGCUUGUUAUCCAUGCUACAUCAGAUUCUCGGUGGGACGUACGCCAGCAAGGACUUGAAGGUGAUGCGCAUUACGCCACGUCAUCUACAGCUGGCGUUACAUGGGGAUGAGGAGCUCGACACUCUCAUAAAAAGGGAACAGUUGCAGGAGGUGGCGUAA